AUGUCGACCGACGACGUCCCCGCGAGCAAGACCGUACCUGUGCAUGGUUUCCUCCUCGUUUCCGUCGUUUUCUGCUCUCACGACCGCCUCGACCACAAGUUGGUACAGGACGAGUCGUUCGACAGCACGCGGGCAAAGGUUGGAGGAAAGCAACGGGUAAAAAAGCAAAAAAUAAAACAUCAUGAUGGAGAGUCGGCCGCUGAUGCCCCUCAUCUUGCCUUUUCGCCUGCGUCCAUCGCCAAUAUCCGCCCGAUGGCUGCAAGCCAUGCCGUUGCACGAUCCUUUGAGCACGGGAAAGUGACGACACAUUCCGACGACGUGGAUAAAGUCCAGGUCCUCACUCCGACUUCCUCGUCCUUGUGCCGAUACGAAACCUCCUGCCCUCCAACCUGCCGCCACCAGACUCCCGUACGACCAGCUGGGCCUCGGACGCCCGCUGAUUGUAUCCAACUUCACGCAUCACCACACGCCUCGGUGCUCGGGAACACAGAGGUCGGCCAAAUGUCGGCCCCCGACACGGCUCGUACCCCGUCGAAGAAGAAAGCCAACCUAGCUCGCAUUCGAGACAACCAGAGAAGAUCGCGCGCUCGAAAGAAGGAAUACCUCCAGGAUCUCGAGCGGAGAGUCCGGCUUUGGGAGCUCUACGGCACCGAAGCCUCGGCUGAAAUUCAAAUGGCGGCGAGGAAAGUGGCCGAGGAGAACAAGCAGCUGCGAUGUCUCCUCAACAGGUACGGCGUUGGCGACGAGUAUAUUCACCAUUACCUGCAGUCCGGCACCGUCAUCCCCCCAAGUUCCCCUCAAGGCCAGCCGUUUCGUGCCGGCGACCCGGGGCCGACGGUUCUGUCGCUGCAGCAGCUCAUGCAGCCCCGACUACCGCCGGCCUACGACCGGACCGUUCAGAUGGCACAGACGAGCCAGUCAAGCCGCGAGACGUCGAUGACGAGCGCCUCGACGACAAGCUCGUCUCUCUGGGAGCCGACACAGACGAUGGCGUCUUCGUACGGCCACCAGGCUCGGCAGCAGAUGACGCUGUCGCCUCCCGCCGUGGAUCCUCCCCCCCACGCUCCGUACUCGCCCCCAAACUUUGCCACGACGGCCGCCACCCCUCGACGACUCCCCUUUUCCGGCCACGCAUCGCCGUCCAUGCUCAACGACCCACGCCAGGCCGUUGCACCCACCGCCCAGCCCAUGCUUCUAGAAGGACGCGCCACCAUGGGCUACCAGUACAUGCUGCCACAAUAUGACGACCUGACAGCGCGAAACUACGGCCCUUCCGCGAGAGGCUGCUGA